UGAAGGCAGAGGCUCGCUGGAAGAAACUUGUGCCGCCGAAACUUUGACAAACACCGUCAAAUGUCCGUCACAUAGCGAACACUAUUCGAAAGUAUAUGUUGUUGGUGAACUCUUACCAUGUCUGACGAGGCAGAGGAAAGCGACAGCGGCGACAGGGCGCAUCUCUCCGAGUCUCCCUCCCCACCGCUGUCCGUCUGUCUUCCCCGAGGGUCUCCCUCCUCUCCACGGCCCCUGGACUUGUUCUCCUCCGCCUCUCGGCUCCUGGACGACACAGAUCCGCCUUACCUCGCCACUCCGGAGUGUCAUCGCCAUUCUCCGGAGCACCGGGAGCCCGGGGACUGUCCACAUUUUACGCCGCCAAAGUUCCGUCAGCGCGCCGGGGUUGCCGGUUCUCCGUUUCGUUCGCAGCAGGAUGUGCGGGUCGAUGCCGUGCUCGACUGUUACGAUGACCCGCUUCCCAAGUGGAGAGGACGAGGCGCGGCAAACGCUGAACGCUUUCAGCACCGCGGACAGAGACUCCACCGGGGCCCCGAGCUCGUGGACUCCGGGAACCACUACACCGUGGAGCACAUAGACACCGAGUUCAAAUCCGACUCCCGGCAAACGGUGGAAGCCAUGCAUCGCCGGCACACCACACUGAGGGACAAGGGGCGUCGCCAAGCAGUGCGAGGCCCUGCCUACAUGUUCAAUGAACGUGGCUCACCGCUCACUGCGGAGGAGGAGCGCUUCAUGGACGCUGCUGAAUACGGGAACAUUCCUGUGGUGCGUAAAAUGUUGGAGGAGUCCAAAACGCUGAACUUCAACUGUGUUGACUACAUGGGACAGAACGCCUUGCAGCUGGCGGUGGGCAACGAGCACCUGGAAGUCACUGAGCUGCUGCUGAAGAAGGAUGGCUUGGCAAGGAUCGGGGACGGCUUGCUUUUGGCUAUCUCCAAGGGUUACGUCCGAAUUGUUGAAGCCAUUCUCGCCCACCCCGCCUUUGGUGGAGGUCUCCGGCUCACCCUGAGCCCUCUGGAGCAGGAGAUGCGCGAUGACGACUUUUACGCCUACGAUGAGGAUGGAACGCGCUUUUCCCACGACAUCACGCCCGUCAUCCUGGCUGCUCACUGCCAGGAGUACGAGAUUGUCCACAUCCUUUUGACGAAGGGGGCGCGCAUAGAGAGGCCCCACGACUACUUCUGCAAGUGUUUGGAAUGUGUGGAGAAACAGAAGAAAGACUCGUUCAGUCACUCGCGCUCCAGGAUGAAUGCUUAUAAAGGUCUGGCCAGUGCAGCUUACCUGUCGCUCAGCAGCGAAGACCCUGUGCUGACUGCGCUUGAGCUCAGCAAUGAACUAGCGAGACUGGCCAACAUCGAGACUGAAUUUAAGAAUGAGUAUCGCAAGCUGUCCAUGCAGUGUAAGGACUUUGUGGUGGGUGUGCUGGACCUUUGUCGAAACACAGAGGAAGUGGAGGCCAUACUGAACGGUGACGUGGACCUGUGCCCCCCGAGGCCCUACAACCGACCCUGCCUCAGCCGCAUCAAACUGGCCAUCAAGUAUGAAGUCAAAAAGUUUGUUGCUCAUCCUAACUGUCAGCAGCAGCUGAUGACAAUCUGGUACGAGAACCUGCCCGGUCUGAGGCAACAGUCCGUCGGGGUGAAAUGCUGGACAGUGCUGGGAGUCACUGUGGGUUUGCCCUUCCUGGCCAUUGCCUACUGGAUCAUGCCAUGUAGCAGGAUCGGUCAGAUCCUGCGAAGCCCCUUCAUGAAGUUUGUGGCUCAUGCCGUCUCCUUCACCGUCUUCUUGGGUCUGCUGGUCGUCAACGCGUCCGACCGCUUCGAGGGCGUCAAGAACCUGCCCAACGAGACCAUCACAGACCAUCCACGACAGGUGUUCCGGGUCAAGACCACCCAGUUCUCCUGGACAGAGAUGUUGAUCAUGAAGUGGAUUUUGGGUAUGAUUUGGUCAGAGUGUAAGGAGAUCUGGAGUGAUGGCCCCAGGGAAUACGCCAUGCAUCUUUGGAACGUUCUGGAUUUCGGCAUGCUCUCCAUCUUCGUAGCGUCCUUCACGGCGCGCUUCAUGGCGUUCCUCAAGGCGACCAAAGCUCAGCAGUAUGUGGAUUUGCAUGUACCAGACGAUGACCUGAGCAAUGCCUCGCUACCUGACGAAGUCGCCUACUUCACUUAUGCCAGAAUCAAGUGGCGGCCGUCCGAUCCCCAAAUCAUCUCAGAAGGCCUGUACGCCAUUGCUGUUGUGCUGAGCUUUUCACGCAUCGCCUACAUCCUGCCAGCCAAUGAGAGCUUUGGCCCGCUGCAGAUCUCUCUGGGACGCACGGUCAAGGACAUCUUCAAGUUCAUGGUCAUCUUCAUCAUGGUGUUCGUGGCCUUCAUGAUCGGCAUGUUCAACCUGUACUCGUACUACCUGGGAGCCAAAUACAAUCCUGCCUUCACCACCGUGGAGGAGAGUUUUAAAACCCUCUUCUGGUCCAUCUUCGGCCUGUCGGAAGUCAUCUCAGUGGUGCUGAAGUACGACCACAAGUUCAUCGAGAACAUCGGCUACGUGCUGUACGGGGUCUAUAACGUCACCAUGGUGGUCGUCCUCCUCAACAUGCUCAUCGCCAUGAUCAACAGCUCGUACCAGGAGAUAGAGGAGGAUGCUGACGUGGAGUGGAAGUUUGCCCGAGCCAAAUUGUGGCUCUCUUACUUUGACGAGGGUCGUACGCUGCCCGCUCCCUUCAACCUGGUUCCCAGCCCAAAGUCUUUCUACUACCUGGUCCUCCGCAUUAAGUCCUGCCUGAUCCACCUCUGCAAAGGCAACGGUCAUCUCCGCAACAGCGAGCUGGAGAUGGGCAUGCUCAAUUCACAAGCAAGGCAGGACGAGUGCUUCAGGUCUUAUCCACGACCGGGAGAGGAGUUCAUCCACAGGAAGUCUCGAAAACACCCCACCAGAUAUGAGAAGAUCAUGAAGCGCCUGAUUAAGCGCUAUGUGCUGAAGGCUCAAGUAGACAGGGAGAAUGAUGAAGUCAACGAAGGUGAACUGAAGGAGAUCAAGCAAGACAUUUCCAGCCUCCGUUACGAGCUCCUGGAGGAGAAGUCUCAGGCCGCCGAUGAACUGGCUCUACUCAUCCAGCAACUCGGCGACAAGUUUGGCAAGAACACCAUGAGACACUGACAGUAUUCGCCAGUAGGAAGGAGAGUGGGAGAUGUGAGAGAGGGUGAAAUCACGGCGAGGGGGCGGAAAAGCAAGAGGGAGUUUUCAGGUUUGAAUGUGGAAGGGGGAAGAGAGAAGUCAGAGCCAGGGAAGCAAGUGGGAGAGUGAAAAAUUGCUAACACAAGGUAAAAUGCAGACGUUUGUAUAUGCAAUGACCAAUUAGGGAGGAAUUUAAAAACAGUGACUUCAAGUGAGCGUGAGGUGAAAGUGUCAGAGGUGAAGUGUGUGUGUGUGCGCGGGGGGCGUGUUGACAGUUGAAUUCUAAUUAAAGGCAGCAUCUUCAGGCGGUGACAGAGGGGGAGGGUGGAGGGGGCUCAGAGGCUCACCUUGAUGCGAAAUAGAAGGGGAGGAGGACGUACACAAGCACCAUGAGAUGUGAAGAUGCACCGCAGGGCACAGGACUGAGGCAGUGCAGCAAUGAGGGGCCCCCCCCACACACAUCUACUGGCAACUUAGAGAGGAGAGAUGGAAAUCCCGAGACAGGAUGACUCAGAAGGAGAGCUGCAGGGGGGAGGGGGGCGGGGUUGACGAUAUAUGAAAAAAGCCACCAUUAUUCACUGCAAAGAGACUGGCUUUGCUCCUGUGUCUUCACCCUGUCAUGACAAGCAGUGAGACCUGUCGUGAUACUGAGAAUCCCUUCCACACACCAGGCUAUCUAAUUAAUGCAUCUCCAUCCACAAUGCACAACCUGCCAUUAGGAGUCAAAAAAAAUAAUAAAUAGAAAACACUGUAGGUUUUAUGCACUUGAUGAAUGAAAGACGUACUGUACACUCAUCUCGAUGAAAAUCAAAGACGUUUCUAUGUCCAUCUCACGCACUGUGUGUUGCAGAUAUAUAGUAUUGCCUCUCCAUGUCUCUGAUAGGGCUUUCACACAUGCAAAGCUCUGGCAUGGUUACAUUGCCCAAACUUAAGUUUAACCAGAUCUAACCUAAAAAGCUAGUGACAAAUGCUUGGUUACACCUUGUGUCAUCAGUGGCUGUUUCAAUGUCAGGAAGGAAAACAUAAAACAAAAAAAACAAACAUCCAAUGGUCUCUGGACAACUUUGAACAGAAAGAAGGCUCAUGCACAUGCUGUCUGCUGUGUUGCCACUGUUGUGUUUACGUCCACUCACAUUGUGCGUUGAGCAAAACCUGCUGUUGAUGACAUAGGCUGGUGGAACUUUGGUUCCACUUAGAUUGUGUGAACAGGCUGGUUCACUGAGUGCACAAUGAUUCUGAAUGGAAGUAAAGACCGGACAUUUACCGCGCAGCCGCUUGCCGUCAUGAAAGCACCAUAAAAGAUCUUUGGUUUGCAAGAACUGACUUUGAUAGAAUUACAACAAAAAAAACAAAACAUUGUGUCAAUAACAUUACUCCAGACAGCACUUUUGCAAUGUAGAAAACAUCACAUGAUAUUCCUGGUACUUUUUUUUGAACAGCUAAACCAAUAACAGUGUUCAAAUGUGACCUAAUUAACCGAUGUGGAUAUUCCCCUCUUCUCUGUGCCUUCACAGCACAAAGUGUCCCUCUGUGACUCAUUUUCUAAAAAAAGCAAACAAAAACAAGUUGUUUUUUUUAAGCGCUCUACAAUGCAGUACAGGUCAGAAUCCCACUCUGUCUGAUCUGACUUUGUGACAGGACAACAUCAUGGAGAUGCAGAGAUAUGGCGCCACAUUUCUGCACACGUGCAGUCACUUUAUGUGCUUUUACUGUGCUCACGACUUUUGACAUAAAUGUGACGCCAUACCGAGAUAUAUAGUUGGGAGAUAUCUGCUGCAGAGGCUGUGUGGAGUCAUUUUAUGGAUGUUUUUUUCCCUUUUGGGGACUAGUUUGCUCUAUUCGCUAACUUAUUCGCUAACUUAAACAGAUAAGAAAUGACCUUCUUAACCUGAAAG